AUGAAGACUACAUUCUUCACCGCAGGCCUCAUAGGUCUUGCUACAGCCCUUCCUCAGGCUUAUAUCCAGGAAUCCUCCAGCGCCGUUGCUCAGACUUCCACCACCUCCGUUGCGUCACCUCAGGAUGUUCCUCAAGCCACUACCCUUACCCAGGCUGCUGCCGUCAACGUUACCCUUUCAGUCGAAGUUCCCGCCGAGGUCCUGGACACCACCUCUGUGAAGGCAGACAGCCCAGCUCUCCUUACCACUAGUCCUACGGAGGACGAUGAGUUCCUUUCCCUUGCAGACUUCUUCAAUCCCAAUCUCUCCAUCGACGACAUUCCUGCUGUGUCUGUUGAUCUUUCAACUGUGUCCAAGAGAGAUCUCCAGGGUCUCUUUGGCUCUCAGAUCUCUAGAGGUCCCUUUGUGAACUUUCUCAGGGUCGCCGCACAGAUCUUUGCUAAGGUUCAGAAGGUCAUUGUCUUCUGGACCUGCCCUCAGUGGAUCCGUCCCGCCGCCAACACCUUCCCAGGCUGGAGAAACUACAAGUCUAAUGGUGUUAACCUUGGUGGCUGGCUCGUUUUGGAGAAGAAUAUUCAGCCCAGCUUCUUCGAAGACAACGCACCUAGUGCCAUCGAUGAGGACAGCUUCUGUCAGGUUCUUGGUGAGGUAAAGUGUGGUGCUCUUCUCGAGGAGCGUUACAAGACCUACAUUACCGAAAAGGACAUCGAUAACUUCGCUAGCUUCGGUGUAAACACUCUCCGCAUUCCCAUCGGUUACUGGGCAUACAUGCCCGCCAUCGCUGGUAACCACUACUACACUGGUGGCCAGAAGCUGGCUAUGCAGAAGAUCGCUCAUUACGCUAUCACCAAGCACAACAUGCACAUUCUGGUGGACCUGCACGCUCUUCCCGGUGGUCAGAACGGUCUUGACAACCAAGGCAAGACUGGUCAGCUCACCUGGUGGCACAACGAGACUGCUUUCGAUCUCUCUCUUGAGAUGGUCCGCAGAGCUACUGACGAUAUCCUUGCUCAGCCCCACAGCGGCAGUUACACCCUCUCUUUGAUCAACGAGCCUCUUCCUGCCCUUUACUUCUUCGGUCAGACCCAGGACUCCAUUGCAUACUUGAACAAGUACUAUACCGCGGCUCUGAAAGAAGUUCGUCAGCGAUCCAAGACUCUGCCUGUCGCCAUCUCAGACGGUUUCAUCGGGCCUCAGACCUGGGAUCCUUACUGGACCAACGUUGACGAUCACCUCGUUAUUGACACCCACAUCUACUUUUUCACUGGUGGAGCUUACUCCUACGAUGCUGCCUAUGGUGCUUGUUACCUUGCUAAGUCCUACCAGAACGCUAGCAACCCUACGUUCAUUGGCGAAUGGUCGAUCCAGGCUACCAACUUCAAUCACCUUGGUGACAACACCCGCAGAGAUUUCUUCCGCAGUCAGCUGCAGGCAUACACCCAGUACUUGAGUGGUGGUAUGUUCUGGAACGGCAAGCACGAUGGUGACACUGUUGUUGGCGAUGACGGUUCCCUUCAGAAGUAUUACUGGUCUUGGGAAAUUCUUGCCUCCGAGGGCAUCGUUCCCCGUCCAGGCGACAAGCUCGAGUCUCUCUGCUAA